GGCGGCAAUUCGCGCAGCAGGCCUCACCACCACAACAAUGCUCCAUUGGCUAUAGAGACAGCUCCUGUUAACUACCGGUUGCCGUGAAGAAUCUCUAACGCCCAUCAUGCUGCCCAGGGCGGCCCGAACGCCUUGCUGGCGUGUCCCGGGGCGCUUCAUACACCACGCUGCGGCCUUUCCGCGCCCAACGUCAUGGGCGUCUGUCUCCCGCGGGAUCCAGCUCAGAGCAUUUUCGACCACCAGGGGUCCGUUGAGGAAGCAGACGGCUGAGAAACCCCCCUCAGACUCGCAGACAUCGAACUCCAAUGACCUCUCAUCCACUCGUCCGGGUGCUGCCAGUGAUGCGCAGAGCCCGAAGGGUGCCCAAAAUGCUACCGCGACUCCGAAGAAGGACCUGCUCAACGAAGCUCCCGUGGCAACUAAAGAACAAAGAAAGGCGGACUGGGCGAUCAUGAAGGAAAUGGCAAAAUAUCUUUGGCCAAAGGAUGACUGGGGAACCAAGCUUCGUGUCGGGACUGCGCUGUCAUUACUCAUUGGCGGAAAGAUCCUGAACGUUCAAGUGCCCUUCUACUUCAAGAACAUCGUCGAUUCGAUGAACGUGGACUUUGCGGCCGUUGGCGGGACGGCUUAUACAGUGGCGGGCUCAAUGAUCAUCGCAUACGGUGUCACUAGGAUCAGCGCUACUCUCUUUCAGGAAAUGCGAAAUGCCGUGUUCGCCAGUGUUGCCCAAAAGGCAAUCCGCAGAGUCGCGCGGAACGUUUUCGAGCACUUGCUACGACUGGAUCUCAACUUCCACCUGACGCGGCAGACCGGUGGUUUGACUCGAGCAAUCGACCGUGGAACAAAGGGCAUCAGCUUCCUGCUGACCUCUAUGGUGUUUCAUGUGGUCCCCACAGCCCUGGAGAUAUCCCUUGUCUGCAGUAUCCUGACUUACCAAUACGGCGCCCAGUUCGCCGCGAUCACGGCUGCGACGAUGGUCGCAUAUUCCGCUUUUACGAUAACGACAACUGCCUGGAGAACGAAAUUCCGUAAACAGGCAAACGCUGCAGACAACCGUGGGGCCACAGUUGCUGUGGACUCUCUGAUCAACUAUGAGGCCGUGAAGUACUUCAACAACGAGAAAUUCGAAGUUGCGCGUUACGACAAGGCGCUUAAAGCUUACGAAGAUGCCUCCAUCAAGGUCACCACGUCGCUGGCAUUUCUCAACUCUGGCCAGAACAUGAUCUUCUCGAGUGCGCUGGCAGGAAUGAUGUAUCUCGCCGCCAACGGAGUUGCCAGCGGUAGCCUGACUGUUGGCGACCUGGUCAUGGUCAAUCAGCUUGUCUUCCAGCUCUCGGUGCCGCUCAACUUCCUUGGUUCGGUGUACCGCGAGCUCCGGCAGUCCUUGCUGGAUAUGGAGACCCUUUUCAACCUGCAGAAAGUGAACGUGAACAUUAUCGAGCGGCCCGACGCCAAACCCAUCGAGUUGAAGCGGGGCGGCGAGAUUCGGUUCGAAAACGUCAGCUUUGGCUACCAUCCCGAUCGACCCAUCCUGAAAAACGCUAGCUUUACGAUCCCUGCCGGCCAGAAGUUUGCUAUCGUUGGACCCAGUGGCUGUGGCAAGUCGACCAUCCUGAGACUGCUGUUCCGCUACUACGAUGUCCAGGAGGGCCGGAUCCUCAUCGACGGGCAAGACGUGCGCGACGUGACGGUCGAGAGCCUACGCAAGGCCAUCGGCGUUGUGCCGCAAGAUACCCCUUUGUUCAACGACACUAUUGCGCACAACAUCCGCUACGGCAGGAUUGACGCGACCGACGAAGAAGUCCACAUGGCGGCGCAGCGCGCCCAGAUCCAUGGGCUGAUUGAGAAGCUGCCCGAAGGCUAUAAGACGGCCGUGGGGGAGAGAGGCAUGAUGAUCUCGGGUGGAGAGAAGCAGCGGCUAGCCAUCUCCCGACUGAUCUUGAAGGACCCGGAGCUCUUUUUCUUCGAUGAAGCGACCUCCGCGCUCGACACGUACACCGAGCAGGCGCUAUUGCAGAACAUCAACAGCAUCCUGAAGGAAAAGAGACGCACGAGCGUGUUCGUGGCGCACCGACUGCGCACGAUCUACGACUGCGAUCAGAUCCUCGUGCUGAAGGAGGGACACGUGGCGGAGAAGGGAUCGCAUCGCGAACUUCUGGAGCAGAAUGGCAUCUACGCCGAAUUGUGGAACGCCCAAGAAACGUCACUCGCAGAGGAUCUGGAAUCCGACCGCAUUGCGGAGCUCGAGGAGGAGACGGACCAGGCGGCACAGACCACGGCCUCAGCACCGCAGCAGAAAUAAGCGCUUGAUACCUUUGUGCCCUUGGGGAACAGGCAUAGAUUUUGGAAUGGUUCAACUGCAAUGAGACAGACACACUUAGCGUACUUACGUACUUAAAUCCGACCUCUGGACUCGAAUGCACGGGAAGCACCACUGGCAACCGAGCCAAGCAAACCAAACCAGCCGUAAAGCCGGCGGUCGAGCCGGAGG